UUACUGUUAGAGUUUGUAUCUCCGUCCAAGAAGAGAAAAACGACCUCAACAGAAAGUCAAGGCGAGGACAGUGCAGUAUGUAUUAUUCCAGACACAAGACAAUCCUCGUUGGAACAUGGAAAUUAUUAGCAACCAAAGUCCACACAAAGCAAAAUCUCUUUCCACCGGAGCCCACCCCAACGAUGCCGGACCCGAUGACUGCACUCCAUCGCGGCGGUUGACCAGGCAGAGGAAGCUCCGCCAACUCAGCGACCUUGGCUUCUCCUUCUUCCACUCCACCGACUCUUUUUCUGCCUCGCCGGAGCCCCGCUACCACUCCGCUUCCGAACACCGCUCCCUCUCUAGUCUGCCGCAGCCGCUGCCUCUCCCAGAAGCGCCGUUGACCCGUCGAGCCAAGUCAGUCAGCUCCGGUUCCGUACAUCCUCCCCUCUCUGCUUCCGUAGAACAUCCUAAUUUUUCUUCUUCCGGGAAGGCGUUGCCUCAUGAUGCAGUGACACGUGAAAAACCUACACUCCAUUUGGAUUCUACUCCUGCAAAUGCAAAAUACAAUCUGAGAGAGCAUAUUCCUGCAGCAAGUUUCUUGACAGGCCAUAGUUCACUGAAAAAUCGAAGAGCAGCAUCUCAUGGUAAUGACUCUGAAGUUAAUCCCCACUUGAAUUUGGGUGUUGUUGCCAAGCCCAAGAGUGCUCCAACAAGUGUGGUCACUAGUCCUGAUACUAGUCCAUAUAGAUCAAAUAACAUAGACUUCUUUGAUUCUACCUUCAACUUCUCUUCAGAAGUUAAUGACAAAUUGAAAAUGUUAUCAGCUAAAAGUGUACAUAGUCCAGACCAUUCCCUUAUUCAUUGUCCUCUAGGCCUCACUCGUUACUUCAAUCCUAAAAUUGAGGAGGGAUCUCAGAACCAUAAAUUUUUGUCCAAGGUGUGCCCUGAAAAUAACCAUCUUGAUGCACAUCCCUUGCCUCUUCCUCCUAGAGCUUCAUCUCCUGCACAAUUAUCUGUGCUGCAUCAAUCAAGUUCCAUCCAUCACGCUACUGAAACUAUGCCUUCAGUCAAAGGUCAAUGGCAGAAAGGAAAACUUAUCGGACGAGGAACCUUUGGAAGGGUUUUUCAUGCAACCAACCUGGAAAAUGGAGCCUCGUGUGCAAUGAAGGAGAUCAAUUUAAUUCCUGAUGAUCCUACAUCUGCCGAGUGCAUGAAACAACUGGACCAGGAAAUCAAAAUUCUUCAUCAACUAAACCACCCCAACAUUGUGCGGUAUUACGGAAGUGAAAUAGUUGGCAAUCAUUUGUACAUAUAUAUGGAAUAUGUCCAUCCAGGAUCAAUCAGUAAAUUUAUGCGUGAGCAUUGUGGAGCUAUGACAGAAUCUGUAGUUCGCAAUUUUACAAGGCAUAUUCUCUCUGGUUUAGCUUACUUACACAGUAACAAAACCAUCCACAGAGAUAUCAAAGGUGCAAACUUGCUGGUCAAUGGAUCCGGCAUUGUGAAACUUGCAGAUUUUGGGCUAGCGAAAAUUCUGAUGGGGAAUUCAUAUGAUCUUUCUCUAAAGGGUAGUCCUUACUGGAUGGCUCCAGAGGUCGUGAAAGGUUCCAUAAAGAACGAAUCUAAUCUUGAUGUUGUCACGGGAAUUGACAUAUGGAGCUUAGGGUGCACCAUUAUAGAGAUGUUAACAGGCAAACCUCCUUGGAGUGAAGCUGAAGGGGCUUCAGCCAUGUUCAAGGCACUGCAAGAGUCCCCUCCCAUACCUGAAACACUAUCAUCAGUGGGAAAGGAUUUCCUCCAAAAAUGUUUCCAAAGGGACCCUGCAGAUCGACCAUCUUCAUCAACUCUUCUUAAGCAUGCCUUUGUGCAGAAUUUGCAUGAUCAAUAUGUUCUAGGUCAUCCACAAUCCUUUCCUAGAGGAGACCUUGGACCAGGAGGAAAUUCAGCUAGUCCUAGAGACACCACCACCACCAGAAGUGGCAUAAUUCAAGCCUCCAGUAGCUCACGGUGUUUUAACAAGAUUCAGAAACUAGUGGGUGAUACUUCCGAACAAAUCAAUGACCACAAGGAGUCUAAUCAUGUUAUACCUUUUAGUCACUCUCAUGUUCCAGAAGUGAACAUUCUUCAAUCUACAUUGAAACCUGGUACCCUCAAUUACAUGUCUGCUGAAAAUUCUAGAAACAUUUCCACCAUGAUGAGAAUGAUCACAAACUUCUGAAGCAUCUGAUCACGCUUAAAAGUUGCAAAAAUUCCACUGCUGAAUAAAUACUGCAGGGAUCUAAAAGCCGGUCAUUCAUGAUUUUUUAUUUUUAUUAAAUGUACUCUCAGAUUAUGAGGCAAAAGAAAUCAUAAAAUUCAUAUUGGUUUGUUUUGAGUAAUGUUUUUUUCUGUACAUUACGAGAGGGAGGCUCUGUUAUUUAGACUUGUUCCCAGGUAAGAAAUUCACGUGUAAAUAUACAUUGUAUGAUUUCUGUAAAACAUUCUUUUAUUCCUUUGACUUUUUGAUGUAUUCCAGAGUUAUUCCAAUGCUGUCGUUGGCUUGUUUUUGCAGUAAUUUAUAAUCAGGUAAAAAGAUAAAGAAUGCUUAGAAUUUUGUUUCUUGAAUGAAAAAAAUAUACGUGUAUAACACAUUUUUACUUUUUAACAUUUUAUUAUUUCUUUUGCAUGCAUUUAUAUACCAAAACAUAAAAAAGGAUAAACUCUGCUAUUUUUUAGUAAAUAACGUAGUAUAUUUCUGUAUUAUUUCAAAAGCCAAUAAUUUGGCAUGUUCAUAUUCACUUACAUUUAAGUGUUUAUAGCACUUACAACUUCAAAAUAGAUAAUAAAAAGUGUGGGGAACGCGAAGAAAUUUGUGACAUGAGAUUGAGCAUAUUUGAACUUAUAUAUAUUAUUUUUGACAUAAAUAUUUAGCGCUGUAACAUGCUCCAAGAUUCCAUAACCUUUUUUUUUAAGAAAAAAAUAAAUCCUUAUUUGUAGAGUUGGGCAAAAUAAACUAAUCCAUAUUUAACUAUAGUUAACUGUGUACUGUAUAAUACUAAAAAAUACUAAUCCAUUUUUACUAGAAACUUAAAUAUACUGUUUUAUAGUUUAAUUUUUAAAACUGAACUGAUCACAUUUUUAGUUCAGUUAACUAUAACUGUAUCUCCUUUCCUUUCCAAUUAUUUCUGAAACGUGAACUUGUCUUGCUUUUCUAUCCCUCUCUCCUUCGCUGCCCAUCGUUGUCGUCGAAAGAGAGCUUCAACGAAAACCCACGGUGACUCUGCCCUAGCCCUACCGUGAUGCGCGGCCGCUGCCACCGUGACUCUGUCGACAAAGGAGAGUUACAACGAUGACCCUGCUCUGACCCUUGUCGUUGUUGCUGUAUCGACUGUCGAGGGACCUGUCUUGUUCACUGCCAUACCGACCGUCGAGUGCAAAGGAAAGAAUUUUGACAAGCCUCUGGAUCUGGCACUUUUAUUCGUUGGUAGAGAGGUAAUAUCUUUCAAGCUUCUAUAUAGAUAAAGAGUUCAUAUCUUUCAAGCUUCUAUAUAGAUAAAGGGUUCAUAUCUUUCAUUUGCUUAGACUUCUUAGCUUUUAGAUUCUUAAGGUCUAUGUCUCAGAAGCUUCAAUUCAAAGUAUGGUAGACUGAUUGAUUGGGCCAGGGUGCUACUACUAAUCUGAAGCAGAUAUUAUAGAUGUGUUUGAUUACCAUAUUUAGAGGGGUUUUGAAUCAUAUCCGAUAAUGGGUUGUAAAUAUCAAGGUAUACAAGUCUAGCAUCAGGAAAAUUUUUCCCAAGAAUAUCUAUUUGGGAUGAUAGCUUGUUGUUGAACAACAUCGCAGGGAAAUUGAAACUCAAAGAAAAUGAUGAGGAGAUUUUUGGUGUGCUUUCGUUUAUCAUCUGGACAUUUACCAUCAUUGCUCUCUUCAAAUAUGUUUUCAUUGUGAUGUCUGCUGAUGACAAUGGGGAAGAAUGCAGAAAUUUACUGUCAUUUCCUACCUUAACAUUGUAUGUUGAACAGGAGGAACUUUUGCAUUAUACUCACUUCUCUGCCGGCAUGCAAGACUAAGCAUUUUACCUAAUCAGCAAGCCACGGAUGAGAAAUUAACUGCUUAUACCACCCAAGAUUCUGAAGACACGUGGCUUUCUUCUCAUUUGAAGUUGUUCAUUGAAAAGCACCCAAGGUUCCAAAAAGGACUGUUGAUCUUCGUUCUGCUAGGAACGUGUAUGACAAUUGGUGAUGGUGUGAUUACACCUGCAAUAUCAGGUAAUUGAUCAAGAGCAGCCCAUGAGCUUCUAUAAGAACACAUGAAGUAUGUCAUCCAUCAUUCAGUACAGGAGGAAGAGUGGUUAGUCCUUAUCGUAGUUGCAUAACGCCUAAAAUAGUGGAAGUGCUUGUUUGCACACAAGAUUGGUUAAAAGGAACACCUUUCUCUAUACCCUUUGACGAGGAUCCUAAAGAACUUGAGAAAUUUGAGCAAGAGAUAACAUCUCAAGAUGAGGUGGGACCUUUAAGUGUUGCUAUUAAUUUGGAUGAUUGAAAAUCAAGAAAGAAGCAUUGAUAUGGGAGAAAAUGACUAUGGCUCUAUAUCCUGGUAUACCAACAAGCUAUAUGGAGGAGGAGGCCAUUACGUUUGGCUUUGAAAGAUUUGCGAGGAAGGUUGUUUGCUUCAUCUUCCUUCACCAUCCAUGGUUCUGGUGGCUUACACAAGCAGAGAUGGAACAAUGAUUUGCUCAAAAGGUUUGCCAUUGCAGCAGGUGAUAAAGGAAAAUCUGAAGCCACUGAAGUUGCUGUCACUGAAGGGAAAAAGACCUGGUAUAGUAAAAUAGGUUUUAAAUAUCUUUGUCCAAGCUGUUUAUUGUCCAUUCCUUCAAUUCAAAGAGUUUUUACUGCAACUCAUAUAAAGUGUAAAAGUUAAAAGAAUGCUUCAGAAUGAGAAGUUGUUUUCUUAACAAGAUAAUAGAAACUGUUAUUUACAAAUAUCAUAAUUCUGACAGCACAAAAGAUGUAACUGAUGAUGCUUUGCCUGGUAGUAAUUGGUGAUUACUUUUCAGUUUU